GUGAUAAAGCUACACGGGGAACGAAAAAAUACUUUUUUACGGUAACUGGAUUUUUUUUACCAUGAAAAUUAAUUUCGCGCUUGCAGCGAGCUGACCUUUCCACAUCACCGCUGACCAUCAAUUCCGAGAGACUGAAAAUAUUGGAGUUUAGCAAGCCAUUCAUGCAGUUCACAAUGAGUUUAAUCACCAAGAAACUGCACACUAAUGAUGAUGACCUGACUACCUUUAUGCUACCCUACUCCACUGAGGUCUGGCUGCUCACGCUCAUGUGUCUUCUGUUGGUGGCAGUGUUAAUGUACUUGGUAAAUUUCUUCAGCCCAUAUGGUCAUCGAUCGCGUCAUAGGCACAGGCAUCACGCAGAGACUGGUGAAGAAUUCGACUUCUACAACAGUUUAUGGUUUUACCUCGCUUGCAUGUUACAGCAAGGAGCGGAUCAGACGCCAAAAUCAUUUUCAGGUGACUUUUAACAUUCGGUACACCGGCUGAAAUACUCCCUAUAUUGCCCAUGACCUGCUGCAGAGGCAGUGCUAAGAUAGUUCAGUGCUCUCUUUGCUGUAAAGAAACCCACAGAACCUUGUAUUGGGCCUUUCCUAGGGUAGAGAAGAGACUAGGUUAACAUUAGUUCAAAAAAUUUCCUUAAACUUUCCUCAAAAUGUCAGUUGUAGUGCUGUCAAAAGAUUGCAAGGAUACACCAAUAAAAUCGACCACUCGGGUCGUUAACAGAACAAAAUGAUAGUUGAGCAGAAGAAAAAAAUCAUCCACCCCCGGUGGGACUCGAACCCACAACCUUUGAAUUAGAAGUCCAACACGCUAAUCCAUUGCGCCACGGGGGCUACACAUAUGACCGUGGAAAUAUUUUAUCUUUAUCAUAUAGUUUACAUUUUCUUUGAUAAGAAUUUAGUUUAUCCUUCUUUACGUUAGCCAUUGGUUGUUUUGUGUACUGACCAAAUGGUUGUACCUGUUAUAUGAGAAAUACCAUUUGAUCAAUUAAAAAUAAAUAAGGAAAAGAAAGCCAUUUUCUUUUGUUCCUGUUCACUGAAUU